UUUCUCUAUGAUUGUGCGAGCUUCUUCCGAGUUCAGAGAGAGAGAGAGAGAGAGAGAGAGAUAUGGGAAGCGAUAGCGAAGCUGAGAGAGCACGGAAAGAGAAGGAGAAGGAGAGGAAGAAGAAGUUGUCGCUGGCUCCCAUUGCCAAGCCUCUCGCCGGCAAGAAGCUGUGCAAGCGGACCUUCAAGCUCGUGCGUCGAGCUGCCGAACAGAAAUGCUUAAAAAGAGGCGUGAAGGAGGUGGUCAAGAGCAUCAGGCGUGGUCACAAAGGAUUAUGUGUCAUUGCUGGCAACAUAUCACCGAUUGAUGUGAUCACUCAUGUCCCCAUUUUGUGUGAAGAGAAUGAUAUCCCCUAUAUAUAUGUUCCCUCGAAGGAGGAUCUAGCAAAUGCUGGAGCAACGAAGAGGCCAACAUGCUGUGUUCUGGUACUUACGAAGCCGACAAAGGGUGAAUUAGGUCCAGAAGAGCAAGAAAAAUUAAAGGCUGAUUAUGACGAAGUUGUAACAGAAGUAUCUGAACUUACCUCUACUCUUUUCUAAAAGGUGGCCAUACUUGGGGUUCUGCUUCUUUAUGCUCAUUGCUUUGCUAGUUCUGGCUAUUGUAUUGUUCGGUGUAGCCUACUGAUCUCUGCAGUUUAUGUGGUGCCACGGCACAUCUAUAAAUUCACGUAUGCGCAUCUAAAGCAGGUGCCAAAAUAACUGGUACAACAAUAUCAGUAUGAGGGAUUUCCUUUCGGUGUGUCAUGAACAGGAAUGCAAAUGAAUUCUUGCGACAUCA